UCAGCUCGAGAGUUCAACGUCAGUAGACGUUUCAGUUAAACAGGCGCUACUGACCAACGGGCGAUAAGAAAAAAUUUUCAAUGAAAUAAAAGAUAUAUAUAAACUUGAUAUGUGUGAAUGAGCUGAGUGAUUAAAUACAGUUACUUGUGGCCAGAACAAAAAAUCAGCAACAUAAAAUUAAACGAAAAAUAAGCGUCGAACGUAAAAGUCAGCUGAAGUGCAGUGAUAACCCAAGUAUUUGUCUGAGCAGAGCAGCCAGCGCAAUUGGCUGUAGUUUAAAGCAAGAGUGUAGAUACAAAAGCGAACAGUCAGCAUUGAACGGUGCACAGCUGCAGGUGGAGGAUGCUGAGCGCAUAGCUGACUUGCUGUCUAUAUGAAUUAAUAAAAUCGUGACGCUACUAACAUAUGCGAACUCAGACGUGAAAAAGUGAUAAGAAUAAAAAAAAAAAUAAAGAACAAUUUAUUUAUAAAAAUAAAAUUAUUUUAUUUGAAAAAUUAAAAUAAAAUAAAGCAAAUUUUUAUUGAAAAUAAACACAAGUGUCUAUAACGCUGCUAAAAGUGACGUGAAAACUCAGCUAGAAAGUGCAUAAAUCGAAACCAUUAUAUACAAAAAAUAAAUCUUUUUCAUAAUAUAUGAAUAUCAAAAACUAAGACGCUUCCCUAAACUAAAACACCGCAAUACAAUAUGACCGAAGUCAUUGAGCUGAACGUUGGUGGCGUACACUACACCACCGUGCUGGACACACUGCUGCAGGAGAAGUCCUCACAGCUGCACGAACUCUUCAGCAACACCGACGCACUGGUGAAGGACAACAAAGGACGCUACUUUCUGGACCGCGAUGGCGUACUCUUCCGCUACAUACUGGAUUAUUUGCGCGAUAAGCAGCUCAGCCUGCCGGAGGGCUUUCGCGAGAAGCAACGCCUACAGCGCGAAGCGGAACACUUCAAAUUGACCGGCAUGUUGGAGUGUCUACGCAACGCCAGCGAUAUGCGUGCCCCCGGCUGCAUCACCAUCGGCUAUCGCGGCAGCUUCCAGUUCGGCAAGGACGGACUGGCCGAUGUGAAGUUUCGCAAACUCUCACGUAUCCUGGUUUGCGGGCGUGUGGCGUUGUGUCGCGAAAUUUUCGGUGAUACAUUGAAUGAGUCACGCGAUCCCGAUCAUGGUGGACCGGAUCGUUACACAUCACGCUUUUUCCUCAAGCAUUGUUUCAUCGAGCAGGCUUUCGAUAUGCUGCACGAGCGUGGCUUCCGCAUGGCUGGCAGUUGUGGUUCGGGUACGGCGGGCUCGGUGGCGGAACCCAAACCGGGUGUGGACACAGAGGAGAAUCGAUGGAAUCACUAUAAUGAAUUUGUUUUUGUGCGCGAAUAAGCAGUUGAUGGUGGCCAAACAGCAGUUGUUGUUGUUGUUGUGGCGGUUGAGCAACAGUCGUCGAUUUUAAGUACGCAUUUUUUUAGAUUGUAAGUAGCAGCGGUGUUCGCUUGUUAUGUUGCAUGUGUAUGUGAGAGAUUUGUUGGCGUGGCGACAAAGCAAGUAAAGAAAGUAGUGUGAAAGCAGCUCAUCAUAAAAAUAAACAAAAUAUGCCACAAAGCUGUAAGAAAGUGAUGAGAAGGCAGCGCACAUAACCGCAGGCAACUCAUAUCCCCAAGCCAUUCAACUAGUCUUCUGCAACACAACUUUGCCACAAUGCGAAGCAACAUGUCAUUGCAAGCAAUUCUCUGCGCUGCCACACACACAAAUGAGCGCGUGUGUGCCAUUAGCCAUACUCACAGUUGUAUUUUUUCCAUUUUUUAUUACAACUUGCAACGUGCCACACUCGUGCUAAAUAACACUCAGCCUGCGGCAACUUGCUUCUACCGCCUUUAGUGGCACGGGAAGGUCAAAACAUCCAUAUUGUACGUGGUGUAAGAUAAAAAAUACAGUUAAUGCAUGUCAAGACAAGAAAUGUAUUUCACUAUGUAUGUACACUUAACUAGUUAGGCACACGCUGACACACACACAUGCAACAAAUAGUAUGUGUUUGCUCCGUGAAAUGGACGAAAUAAAAGCAUAGAAGAAAACUGCGUAAAUACUUACCGUAAGUAAAGUGGGAAAAUGCAUACAUACAUACAUAUAUAGAAAUAUAUAUAUAGCUAAGCGUUUGCUUAUAUUUAUUUUAAGCACCAAAACGUGCGGCAAUUAAAAUAAAAUAUAAGAUAUGAGUAUUUGCAUGCAGAUAAAGUGACAUCAACUAUUUCGCUUAAUGACACGCAUGCAAGUAAUUAGCUGGCCGGCUCUAUAAACUACAAAGUACUCAAUGUGCUAAGCUGGCCUUUCAAUUGACGUUUUUUUUAUAACUAAAGCUCUGCAAAUGGGCAGCAAUUAAAGUUUCGAAUAUCAGCCUAUGCUUGCAACACGUAAACACUCAAGAAGACUUGAAGCACAAGUGCUUUCCUUUUGUCAUUUGCGAAAUUUUUGUUGUUGUGGCAACCGUUUAAUGUGUUAUAAAACCAAAAGAGAUCCUGUGUGUUUGACGCACUUGGUUUACAGCCUCUGGCCACAUAAAAUGCAAGUUUUGAUAACAAAAAUAAAUUUCAAGUUGGCAUCUCUAGAGGCAAGAAGUGAGUUGAGGCCCUAUACUCCAGUGAGUAAUACAAAAAAUUAUGAUGAUAAUCUUUUUUUGAAUUUUAACAUACAAUUAACUUAUGCAGGCCGAGUGGCACUUUUAUCAAACUUUCAAAAAAAAAUCCAUGUGAAUCAAUGAACAUUUGUUUGGUAGAAUUGUUAAAAGCAGGCGAUUGUAGAGUCCACCAUUCUUUGUCGUUAAGCAAAUGUAACUUAAUCAACAUUGAGCACAUUGCUACUCAAGCUUACACACACUCAUAUCAUAUAUUGAGUUGAUUCAAAGGUUUUCGAUUUGAUGGUAAAAAAAACAUGAAACAUUGAAAAAAAACAUAGAUGUAUGAGGUAACUAGGCAGUUGUUUGAGUAUCGCUUUUUCUUAAAAUGACUUCUUGUGCUUCAAGCCAUGAGUAUUUGACUGGCUUAGUUACGAAAUAUUCAUAUACAACUAGUUUCAGAUUGCCCUUUUUUAAGUACUCUAAACUCCAGAUUCUCCCACGGAACCACCGGUUUAAGUAUUACUUCGUAGAAGUGAUAAAACAUUUAAGUCUGUAUGGGACGGACUGAUGGACGCCUAAUCUGCUCUAUAUAUCGCAGUUUUGUCAUGAUUGAGGCUGUGGCUUCGCUGACAGCUUUCCAGUUCUCAUGGACUGGGAUAUGAAUGUCGUCAAAAUUUUCCACCACCACCGAGUUUCUAAGUUUUUUCCACAUGCGCAGAGUUUUCAAAGCACUUUGAACACGUCGGAUAAUUCGAACUAAUGUCGUGCUGGAAUCUCUACUGGUAGUUUUUAAAACACCCAUGUUCACAUAGUAUUUGUAUUAGGUGAAAGUUCAGGUUCACAUGUCGCCUGUCUAUCCAUCCACAAAUCUACAAGUAUGUUCAGUAUCAGUCUGCGGGUCCACCGUUCUAUGAGUGAGGUUUGCCACCGCUGCUGCCAUAUUGUUAAGCUUUUGACUCUCUCUUCUCUUUUGGCUCCUAUAGAAGGCUCUGAUAACAUGUAUACAUGCUCGUAUUCGUUACCCUGGAUUUUCAACAGCAUCGCUUGAUAUUGUUCGGAAAGCACUGAUAAGUCUUACUGCCGACAGUUUGUGCAACAAUUUUAUACAGUCUAUUAAUUUAAUUUAGUUAAGAUCUCACACAUAUGAUAGGCAUCAUUAUGCUUUUCUUUAAUUAAUGUAUUGUGUAUAUACAUACGUGUGUACCAAUCAUAGUGCUAUUUCUAACAGAAUAAAUUAAGCUAGUCUCACAAGUGGCACACAUGUAUUACAACUCUAAAACUAUCAAGAGAAUACUCGUAGGUUCAUAAAAUUCGUAAGUGUGUGAACUACUAAAACACUUCCAGUUGGUUAAUGACCAAAGCAGUUUUGAUUUCGCUUGAGUUGCUUCAGAUGGCACUAACUGUAACUUUGUUUCCGCACUAGGUAAUUU